AUGGGUGUAAAACUGUACACUUUGGAUAUGAGCCCGCCAGUGCGUGCCUGCAUGAUGGCUUGUGAGAUCUUCAACGUGCCAUUUGAGAAGAUCCCUGUUGAUUUAAUGGCAGGUGACCAUCUAACUCCUGAAUAUUUACAGAAAAAUCCUCUCCACACAGUCCCUGUUAUGGAAGAUGGCGAUGUCACAUUACAUGACAGUCACGCAAUAAUGGCGUACUUAGCUGACACCUACGGAAAAGAUGAAUCUUGGUAUCCAAAAGAUGUCAAGAAACGGGCUUUUGUGAAUCAAAAACUAUUCUUCGAUACAGCUAUAAUUUUUCCUAGACUACGAAACAUCACAUACUUCAUCGUGAUGAAAGGAAAGACGACCAUAGAACCAGAAUUGCUGGAGGCCGUUGCAGAAGCUUACGACUUCAUGGAAGCAUUCCUGUCCCGUACAAAAUACAUCGCUGCAGAUCAUGUCACCAUCGCUGAUAUUGGAAUAUUGGCAGUUAUGACGUCUCUCGAACACAUUCUAUCAGUGGAACCUAAUAAAUACCCAAAAACAUCCGCCUGGUUAGAAAACUUGAAAACAGCUCCAUACUGCAAGAAGUGGAAUGAAGAAGGUGCCAAUGCGUUGGGAGCGUUUGUUAAGAGCAAAGUUACUUUGUAA